CCCCAGAUCCUGCUCUUCUCAGAGCCCGACUUCUUGGGGGAUCACAUUGCCUUCGAGGAGGACCAGGAUGCUCUGCCCACCACCUUCAUCCCACGCUCCUGCAGAGUCCGCGGGGGCAGCUGGAUCCUGUUCGACGGGCAGUCCUUCGCGGGGGAGCAGCACGUGCUGUCCGAGGGCGAGUACCCCACGCUCAUCGCCAUGGGCUGCCUCGCCUCCACCGCCAUCCGCUCCUUGAAGAAGGUCCCAGUGUUUUUCUCAGAGCCCUCCAUCUUCCUCCACGGGCUGGAGUGUUUCGAGGGGAAGGAGAUCGAGCUGAACAACGAAGUGCGGAGUCUCCAGGCAGAGGGUUUCAACAACCACGUGCUGUCGGUGCGCGUCAAAGGCGGGAUCUGGGUGCUGUGUGAACAUGGUGACUUCCGAGGACGCCAGUGGCUCCUGGACUGCACCGAAAUCACCAACUGGCUGACGUACAGCGGGCUCCAACACGUGGGAUCCCUCUACCCCAUCCGGCAGAGACGGAUCUAUUUCCGCAUCAGGAGCAGGGAGCUGGAGCUCUACCUCUCGGUCCCUGAUGACGUGGAGGACAUGAAAGCGGGGCGGGUGGUGGUCUCCAGCCUGAGCGAGCAGAGCAGCUCUGUCUGGUACUACGAGGAUGGGCUGAUCAAAAACCAGGUGGCCCCCAACAUGAGUCUGCAGGUCAUCGGGCCAGCCGGGAAGGGUGCGAAGGCCGUGCUGUGGUCCGAGACUCGGAUGCCGCGUCAGACCUGGAGCAUUGAUUCUCAGGGACGGAUCCACAGCCAGAUGUUCGAGGACAUGAUCCUCGAUAUAAAGGGAGGCCGAUCCUACGACCGGGACCAUGCCAUCGUUUGGGACAUGGCAGAGGAAAGACCCACGCAGAUUUGGGACAUACAGGUGCUCUGA